AUGUUUAUGAGAGAGGAUACGAUUCCUUUAUCCAUUACCGGUGCCUCUGCCUCCCAAACACACCAGCUGGAUGGGAAUGCCUUUGUCGCUAUGUAUUUUGUUGCACUACGGAAUCAGCAGACACCGUCGGGGACCAUAAUCUCGGAGCUUGUAUCAUGUAUUAAUUGCUAUGCGUCACAGGAAGUGCUGGCGAUGGUUGUGAACACCCCUGAUGAUACUGAUUUCAAUCUGGGUGCUUACUUUGGAGGAGAGCCUCCAGUGCGCUUUCAAUUUGUUUUCACAAUUACAUUGCGGGGGAAAGAAUCAAUGGGGGUCAUCCGCAAAGCCCAAAUAGACUUCGAAGAAAAGAUCGAGUCUCUUGAUCUGCCAGCUACGUGGAUUGGCUUUGGAGAGCGAGCUGUGGUGCUGGACCAGACAGAGAAUGUCAAAUUUGACGCAAGACGUCAACCUUUCAAGAGGUCCACAUGA